AUGUCAACCAUCUAUCAUGUAGUUAGAACCACUAGUUAUCAUAGUCGGAAGAAUAGUGAUACCAGCAAUUUGGACAACAGUCAACCAGCUGUCUACUUUGUAAAGAAAUCCGCUAGAAAACGUAGUAUAAUUGUGGACGAUCAAAAUAAUAAUCAUAACCAACAGCAGCAACAACAGCAACAACAGCAACAGCAACCCUCUACUACAAAUAUUAAUUUAAGUAAUAAUAGUAUUAGUAAUAAUAAUAACAAUAACAAUUCACAACAAUCUUCACCAAAGCUCAUAGCUUCAACUUGUUCUUCCUCUUCUUCUUCUUCCAAUUUUCCCCAAUCAUCAUCUUCAUCAUCAAUAACAUCUUCAACAUCAAGUUCAUCACCAGCCUUAUUAACAUCAACACCAACAUCAGCAGCAUAUUCUUCCUGUCCCAUUAAAAAUAUCAUGAUGACAGAAGCCAAGAAUAUCUUUACUCCAGAUAUAAGUUUAUCUUCUUCAUCAUCACCAACUUCAACACCGACGAUUGCUGUGACUUUGGCAGUGACACCUCCACCUUCACCUCAGCUUGGAACGAAUGUAAAGUCAGAAGAGGAAAGAAGAGCCGAACUCAAGUUAUUGCUCUCUUCAGUCAUACCUUGUGUUAUGAUUGGUGUCGAAUCUGCCGAGAGUGAUAUUACCUCAAUUUUCAGUGUAGAGGAUCUCAAUGAGAAACGUCCAUCCUGUCAAGUUUUAAUUGCACUUUCAAAAGUAUUAAAAGAAUAUCCAAAAGGUAUGGGUUAUAUUCCAAGACCAUUGCCAUCUUGUUUGAGUCUGUACCCGAAACUCAGAGAAUUUCGAUCCCAAAUGGAUUUGUUGAUAUGGGAGAUCAUUUCAAAGUUGUCGAUUCUUCGUGAGUUUGUAGAGAGCAAUCAGGACGUUCAGAAUCUUUAUGUGGUGGCGCUGAGUAUUCGUGACGCCAAGAAUUGUUUCACCAUUCACGAUUGUGAACACUACAUAAAGAGUAUCGACGAGAUCGAUCCUGGUCUCAGCAGAAAGCUGUUCUCUUCGUCGUCGUCGAAGCCGAGCAGUCCGAAACCAGUGAUGUCUCGUGCACCACGCGAUAUGAUUGAUUCCACCAAGAACAUGGUGAACUCUGCCAUCGAAUCAAAGUCGAUCCAGCAGCAACAGCAGUUGGCCAAUGGCGGUGCCGGUGCCGGCGAGGAAAAGGUAUCGCUCUUUAGAAACUUGAUAAGUCAACAGGUGAAUGCAAGGAAUACCAACCCACAGGAAUAUAAAAAGAAGUUGCUACAACAUCGUCGUGAGAAACUAGCGGGUAGCGGUGAGCAAACGACUUCGUCACCGUCACUUCAAUCCUCAGGAAAUAACAUCGACAACAAUGGAAAUAGUAACAACAAGAGAAACUCCACUGGAAACUCACCGAAUCUUGUUUCUAAAUCACCGGAUGCUUGGCCAAAUGGUUCACGUACUCCAGUGGAAAAGUCGCGUAACAGUUUGACUCCGCCUGGAAAGUCAGGACGUUCCUUCUCGGAUCCAUCGAUUUUCAGUGACCAGCAGCAGAUGCAACAACAAUUUUUGCAUCCCUCCAUCGAUAGAAUCAAUCGUCACUACAAGUUGCAAGCAUCUUCAUCACCGUCGACCUCCUCGACAAACAUUGCCAAUUGUCUCACUCCGCCACACCUCAAUCUCAACGCUGACUUGGACACCUCACAGGAAUGGGAAAAGUACAAUGAGCAGGCAGCUGUCGACGCCGGAUGUCAUCUGCUCCAACAGGUGCGUGGAUUCAAGACGGACGCAGGAAGCGCUCAGCUGAAGGCACUGUUGGAUAUCAAUCAAUUCUUGAUUCGCGAGGAAGCCAACGACGAGUUGUUUUACCACAACGACUUUGCCGAGCGUAACCACAUCAAUUUCCUCGGUGUCAGCAAGGGUGCCGAUAAGACACCGAUCGCCAUAUCGAUCUGCACUUGCGUGCUGGAGAACGAGAUGGAACUUCUGUAUAUUAUUAGAACGCAAGAGGGUGACGAACGUCUGCGCUUCAAUUUCAACAAGAGUCGUGACAUGUCCGCCAAGGACAUGAUCAAGCUGCUCAAGAAGACACGCCAGCAGUUUGCCAACUACCGAAUCAAGGAGAUCAAAGAGGAGAACAUUCUCAUGGAUCUCUUGGAUUUCGAAGCGAAGAACAGCGCACAAAAGAACUUCAAAUUCGGUGUACUCUAUUGUCGUGACGGCCAGACCACAGAGAACGAGAUGUACGCCAACCAAGAGCCGUUCAGCAAGCGAUACACCGAGUUCCUCGAGUUGCUAGGUGAGCGUAUCGAGCUGAAAGACUGGAAGUUCUAUAGGGGCGGUCUCGAUAUCAAGGAUAACAUGACCGGAACACACUCGAUCCAUCGAUUCUGGCGAAACUAUCAGGUGAUGUUUCAUGUCGCCACGAUGAUUCCACACAAGCCCGACGACCUCCAGCAGAUCGAUCGUAAGCGACAUCUCGGUAACGACAUUGUCAUCUUGAUUUUCAAGGAGGGUAACACACCAAUCAACCCGGCGAUAUUCAAAUCGAAUUUCAAUCAUAUAUUUGCCGUUGUACAGGUUGACGAAGAUAUGUCAACACCGGAAACCACUUUUUAUAAAUUCUCGAUCACUUCCAAAGAUGAAAUCACAUCAUUCGGUCCAUCAUAUCCCAAACACUAUAGUUUCUCAUCUGAAGAACUUAAAGAAUUUUUAAUAACCAAAUUGACCAAUGGAGAAAGAUGGGUAUUAAAUUCACCUGUAUUCUCUCAAAAGUUUGUUAGAACAAGAAGAGAAUUCUUACAAUCCUAUAUCAAUGAUUAUUUUGAAAAUUAA